UACAAAAUUCGAAAUAAAACUAUUUUUUGAAUUCGUGAAAUAGGCACAUUGCCUUUCAGUUUCUAGUUCCAAAAUAUUAUACAUAGAUAAAUAGGGAAAGUUUUUAACAAUAAGUAACAAUUGCAACUAUGCGAGGCGUAUUGAAAUGGGUUGAAAAAAUUCAUGACUUAAAUCAAAAAACAGAUCAUGCCAGCAUUCAUUCAAUAUCCUUUCAUCCUGAAGGGUUGCAAUUAGUAGUAGCAGCUGGUGAUAAAGUACUUAUUUACAAUCCAAAUGAUGGAACUUUAUUAGAAACUUUAAAAGCACAUAAGGAUAAAGUAUAUUGCACUUCUUAUGCAAAGGAUGGGAAAAAAUUUGCCACUGGUGGAGCAGAUAAAUCUGUUAUCAUAUGGACUAGCAAAUUUGAGGGUCUUUUAAAAUAUUCACAUGGGGAUACAAUUCAAUGCAUGGCCUUUAAUCCAGUUUCCCAUCAACUAGUUUCUUGCUCAUCGUCUGACUUUGCUUUUUGGUCUGCGGAACAGAAAGCAGUGCAAAAAUAUAAAAUUGUUUCAAAGGUUAAUACUUGUUCAUGGACAAGUGACGGUCAAUAUAUAAUAUUGGGCUUGGCAAAUGGUAUAAUAUCUAUUAGAAAUAAGAGCGGUGAAGAAAAAGGGAAAAUAGAACGGCCGGGGGGAUCUAAUAGCCCGAUUUUUGGGUUAGAAAGUUGUUUUGGAAAUAUUAACGACAAUGAAACAGAUGUAAUAAGCGUAGUGGAUUGGGGACAAACGCUUUCUUUUCACACUUUAGCUGGGCAAAUUGUAGGGAGAGAAAGAGCUUUAGGGUUUGAUCCAUUAUGCAUGCGAUAUUUUCCAAACGGAGAAUUUUUAAUGAUAAGUGGCUGCAAUAAAAAUGUUCAACUUUUCACAAGGGAAGGAAUUAAAUUAUGUUCAUUAGGUGAAACAUUUGAAUCUUGGGUUUGGACUAUUGAUAUUCACCCAAAUUCACAUUCAUUUGUUGUUGGUUGUCAAGACGGAACUUUAGCCUGCUACAAUAUAGUGCAAAGCACCGUUCACGCCUUAUACAGGGAAAGAUAUGCCUAUAGAGAGAAUAUGUGUGACAUUAUAAUACAACAUUUAAUUUCUGGUCAGAAAGUAAGGAUCAAAUGCCGCGAUUUAGUACAUAAAAUUGCAAUUUAUAGAAACCGUUUAGCUGUUCAGCUACCAGAGCGUGUAGUCUUGUACGAACUAAGCUCACCUCAAAAUCAACCGAUGCAUUAUAAAGUUAAGGAGAAAAUUACAAAAAAAUUCGAAUGUAGUUUGCUGGUUGUAUGUGCCCAACAUAUUGUAUUAUGUCAUGAAAAAAAGCUGCAAAGCCUAGAUUUUAGUGGUACAUUAAAACGAGAAUGGAUAAUGGAUAGCCUGAUACGUUAUAUAAAAGUAACUGGAGGACCUUCAGGUAAAGAAGGUUUGUUGCUUGGAUUAAAAAAUGGACAAGUCUGGAGAAUUUUCUUGGAUAACGCUCUCCCUAUCCUCAUGACAACUGUAAUGUCUUCUGUAAGGUGUUUGGAUUUAAGUGCAGAGCGUAAUAAAAUAGCAGUUGUAGAUGAUGCCGGUAGGUUAGUAGUAAGAGAUAUUGUUAACGAUACCAUGUUAUAUCAGGACUCUGGUGUAAACUCUGUUGCUUGGAAUACGCAUUUAGAUUCUAUGUUAUGUUAUUCGCACACUAGUGGUGGACUUAGCGUACGAAUAGGCAACUUACCUCCAAGAAGUCCCCAAAGCAUGAUGGGUGUUAUAGUUGGUUUGUGUGGCGCUACUGCGUUUUGUCUAAGGGGAAAUGUUAUGCACAACGUGCCUUUAGCUUUAGGUGCUACGAUGUGGCAAUUCAUUGAAGCCGGUUUUUUUGAAGAAGCAUAUCAAGUUGCUUGUUUGGGUGUGACAAAUGCUGAUUGGGAAGGAUUAGCUCAAGCUGCUAUCGAAGCACUUCAUCUUGCGAUUGCAAGAGAUGCUUAUGUUAAAGUCAGAAAUUUACCUUGGCUACAACUAAUAAAUGAAUUGCGUGAAAAACAAAAACGUGGUGAGGUUCCGAAAGAAGUUUUGCAAGCAGAAAGUUAUGCCUUCAGUGGAAAGUUUAAAGAAGCUGCAAGGCUUUAUCAAAAAUGUGGUCAAAACAAUCGAGCUUUGUCAAUGUAUAGUGAUCUAAGGAUGUUUGAUUUAGCUCAAGAAUUUCUCAAAGAAGAUGAUGUGGCUGAUAAGAAGGAAUUGAUCAGAAGAAGAGCAGAAUGGGCUUGUUCUGUACAUGAGCCAAGAGCAGCAGCUGAAUUAUUGUUAUCUGCUGGAGAACAUGAACGUGCUAUAGAAAUUGUUGCAGAACAAGGCUGGGCCGACGUAUUAUAUGAUAUAGGUAGAAGAUUACCUCUGAAUGACCGUAAUGCUUUAGAACAAAUUGCAUUCCACUUAAAACGUCUAAAAGCUUUACCAUUAGCGGCUGAAAUUUACAAAAAGCUGGGUGAAGAAUCACAGGUGGUUCAACUACAUGUGGAGGCCAGAGAUUGGGCUGAAGCUUUCCGUUUAGCAGAAAAUAUUCCUGAGUUAAUAACAUUAGUACAUUAUCAGCAUGCACAGUGGCUGGCUGAAUCAGAUCAAUUUAUUUCAGCUCACGAAUCUUAUAUAAAAGCUGGUCGUUUAAAGGAUGCAGAAAGGCUUUUGAAAAAUUUAAGCGAAUGUGCUAUAGCAGAGGAAAGGUUUCUGGAUGCUAGUUACUUUUAUUGGUUGAUGUCUAAACAGUUUUUAGGACUUUACACAGAAGAAACUCAAUCUCAGGAUCAUUAUUAUAAGCAAUACAAAUCCUUGUUGAGAAUUGCUAAAAUAUAUUAUGCUUAUAAUAUAAUUCAUUCAUAUUUAAGAGAACCCUUUACAAGUUACUCUUCAAUGAGCUUAUUUAAUACUAGUAGAUAUAUUGCUAAUGAAAUAGAACAUAAAAGGCCACCAAAAGGAGUUAGUCUCUUUGCUGUGUUCUACACUUUAUCUAAGCAAGCAAAGGUUUUGAAAGCAAACAAACUGUAUUUUCAAAUAAAUAAAAAACUGCAAACCCUUAAACCACCUUCAAAUAUGCAGGAACAAAUAGAUAUAAAUUUCCUUAAUAGUAAAGCUUGUAAAAGUGGUUUUAAUGAUCCCGAAGAUUUAUUACCUUUGUGUUAUAAAUGCUCAAAUUAUAGUACUCACUUAAAUGGAAAUUAUUGUCCAACAUGUCAUCAGGAGUAUAUUUUUUCUUUUGCAUCUUUUGAAAUAUUACCAUUGGUUGAAUUUCAAACUGAAGCAGACGUAACCGAUGUAGAAGCUGAAAGAAUAUUACUGGCACCACCAAAGGAGUCUGAGCAUCAUAUGGAUCCUUUUUCAGAUAAUAUUAAUGACGCUUUAACCAGUGCCUUACCUUUGAUCUUAGAUCGGAAUUCCUUACGUGCUAUUAAUCCGAGUCAUGUUUUAAUAGUUAAAAGAAACAAAAAGAAUUGCCGAAACUUGUAUUACAGAAAUUUGUUACCUGAUCUACAAAUAACUUUUUGUCCAGAGUGCCUUCUUAUUUUUUACUCAGAAGAUUUUGAAUUGCAAGUGUUACAAAAAGGUCAUUGCCCAUUUUGCAGAACCUCAUCAGAAAAAUUGUUUGAAAACUAUUGAAACAUUUAAAUUUUUAUACAUAUAUAAGUAUAAAAAAUACAAGUGCUCAUGUACAAAUAUACAAAUAUACAAAUAUAUUAUAUGCAUGCAGGUAUCUAAAUGUUAACAAUUUUUAAUUUUUGUUGCACGUGAUUUUAAAAGUUUUUUUAUAAAAACAACAAUCUCAUUGAAUUUAAUCUUUUUUAUAACAAAUUUUUAGAAUACUAAUUUGUAAGAAUUAUAUUUGUAUACAA